UUCGACCACUCGACCACCGUGAGAUCUGGUCAUUCCAUGAUCUUUGACUGGCUCCCCUUGGCCACUGUUUGGGUGUUGCGGUGCUUCCUUUCUGGUUCCUCGUCUCCCUGUCCUCCUGUCCUCCUAUCCUCCCACUGCUGGCCCUCCUCCUGCUGGCUCUGCUCAAGUGCAUCUUCCUCCCGUCCCCUCCAUCCCCUCCAUCCGUCUGUCCAUCGAAGUAUCGGCUGUGCGGUCCGGUUGGUUGGUGGGGUUGGUGCUUGGCGUUAGUCUAUGUCCCCACGGUGGUCGGCUGAGUGAGCGAGUGAGUGGUAAAUGGUCAGGCUUCAGCCCAUGCCUCCUUCCGCCCCCUCGAUCCGCCCCUGGCUCUCCGGUUGAUUCCCAAACUUCCCCAGAAUUAUUGCAUCGGCCAUCAGCUCCUCCGUAGCGCCGGGAUUCGGCGUCCGUCCUCGCUCCGUGCCCAUAAGUGCGGCGAACCCGGCCCAGAACGCGCUCCGGGUGGCCCCGCCCCCAACAUGUCGAACUCAAUCGUCCAGCCCGUUUUAUCCCCGCUAUGACCAUCGAAACGUCGGUGCCUCCGACGAUGAAACCGGUGCCUCCCGAGCAACCCCCCGUACCGGCUGAGGCGGGACCAUCUCACUCCGUCAGUUCAUCCACCGAUGAAAAGCCACACGAGGCGGAGGAGGUGACUGCGGUGGACUCAGUCGAGUCCCGGCCGGAGUUCGAUGUGGGAUCCCCACCCGUCGACCGGUUUGUCUGGCAGCCUGUGCCCGCCCAAGAAAUUCCUCAUUUAGGUCAUAACGGUUUUGCUCAAAGUUUCCGAUGCGACAUUUGCGAGAAGACCGGCUUUGUUCAACGCGAUUUGCUCAAAAUCCAUCAGAUCCAGAGUCACAUCAACCCCCAAUACCUCUCGGAGGCCGAUCGGCAAAUGGCCCACUUGACUGGCCCACCUUGGCCUUCACCCGAGGCUGCGGGGGUGGCCGAUACCGCCCGACUCGGCCUGUUUCGUUGUCAUUUAUGCCAUUUAUUGUGGCACCAACGCUCCGAAUUGAGCGAUCAUCUAGCCGAACACGCCUUUGAUGAAGCUUCAAAAAAGAACAAUCGACCUGAGGAUUUUGAGGAGAAAGACACCCGCCCCUUAUCCAUGGCCAAGCGAUCGCUUGGGUCUUCCGAGAAGGAGAACACCAGCGUGUCGUUGCAAGGCGUAUUCAAACUAUCCAAAAAACGUCGCAUCGGUCGCUCGAAAGUGGUGGAUUGGUCCGCCCCACAUUCAUCCAACUUGAAUGGUGUUUCCGAUCGUCCUUUGCGACGUGUGCAAGUGCAAAAAGCCAUGCAAUUAGAGCCGGUCAUUGAGGACGAAGUGCUCAGUAGCUCCGAAAGCAAUGAGAACCCCAAUCGUCGUCCUGAACGUCAGUGCAAAUUCACCACCAAUGCCUUAGUGUCGUUAUCGAUAGAGGAUGAGACAUUGGACGUCAGUUUUGAAUCGUCGUACGAAGUGGACAGUGAAGAUGACAAGCCUUUGAAAAAUCCGAGAAAUCCGAGUGUGAGUGAGCUUAAAAAGCGUAAACAGACGAAAAAAAGUGGCGGCAAACCCGUGGCCUCCAAGAAGCCUCCUGUGGAGUUGCCUGCUCAAAAGGGUGGCUCCACUAAAUCCGAGAGUCACACGCACAUAGCUUAUAGAUUGGGUGGUAACGGGGCACAGAUGUCAUCUCAAGGGGACGACGAUACCUCGGUCAAGACUACGUUGACUAAUCAACAACAGAGCGUUGGUAGGUCUGUCAGUGGCAUAGUCGUGAGAAAAAAGCGUCGAAAGCGUCCUCUGCUUACGAAGAAGCCCAAGAAGUCUAGGUCCUCCCAGCGAAAGAAGACCGCAGACAAUGUUCCAGAGUCCCGCCCUAGUGUCAAUGAAAAAGAUUCGCCCAAGAGUCGACAGACUGAACCCAAAGACGAGCCGUCAUCUUUCAAAAAGAUGAUCUCCCCCUCCAUUGAAGAGAUACUUCCGGACCUCAAUCCCAACCCGAAAAGAAGACCCAUUCGUCGGGCGUCUGAAGUGGAGAAAGCCACGACCAUUGUCAAAUCCCUCACGAUCCAACCCUCGGAUUACAUAUGUCUCCAAUGCAAUAUAGGAUUCACUACUUUCUCUGAUCUCUUCGCCCAUAGACAAGACUCGAGUGCCUGUCAACCUUCAGAGGCUGCUGCGGCUUCGACCACUUCCAUAUUAGCUCCCUUGGUUGCCGCAUCUUCCGAAUCGAAACCGCCCAAGUGGGUUUCCAAAAGUCGUCCUUACGACCAUGACUUUGCCGAUUACAUGUCCAACUCGAUUCGUGCGGUCCCGGAGACGACGUUCAAUAACCUCCAUGGCACCAUCAACCACAUCGACAGCCAGGAUGGUCUCUACUUGCGGUCAAAGACUGCGGUGGGCACACUGGAGAAAGUGAAAAUGAACAUGAACGGCUCAUGGACCACACGGGACGUUUGGGGGUGUGGAGGUUGGGAGAUUUCCCGUAAUCUCUUGUCUUGGCACAAAUUCGAAAACGCUCAAAGCGAGAACCGCAAGUUUCUACAGGGGCUUUCGUCCUUCCCUUGGUCGGAGCAGCAGAAAAUGAAAGUUGCGUUUGACCAAGCCUUGACCAAGAAUCGCUCCCGAAAACGGACGUUAAGUUGCUCGGAUAGCGAGUCGGCUUGUCCGGCCAAGUCUGUCAAGAAGCGAUCACUCCUCCUCCAAGGCUUGGACCUGAAGCAAUUGGGCCGAUCGGUCAAGUAUAUGACUGCCAGUGAAUUUGAAGAUCGUAAGCGGAACGCCCCCAAGGAGUAUCGCUACGUCGGCGACUUCAAUGGCGAAUGGGAAAAUGAGCAUGUGUUCAUGUGCUCUGUGUGUGCCGAGAUCUUCGAUGACCUCAGGGAGGUAAUGCAUCACAAGUGGGACGCUCAUCCCUACUGUUUGGUGUCGCAUUUGACCAUGCAAGCGAAACUCAACCUGCCCAAUAAUGGCAUGAUGUACCCCAAAUUGGGUCGCCAACUCUUGGCCGCGAAACCCACCGGAGAUCCGAGUAAACUCGGACGGGGUCGGCGAGCCUCUAAAAGCGUUUACGCCGACCACUUGAAAUUGCUCCCAAAGGAGCCCGAGAUGAGAUGCACCAAAUGCGCCGACGUGCAGGAUUCAAGAGACGAGUUCUACGCUCACAUCUUGGUUUGUGGCGGAGAAGUCAAUUGGGAGGAGGGUAAAAAGAAGAAGAAAAAGAAGAAAUCGCUCAAGCCUCCAGAAGAUUUGAACCCGGAGAAGCUAAGAGAAAGAGAGGAAGCUGCCUUGAAGAGAAAAGCCAGAUUCGCCAAGUUCGAUCAGCCUCCGCCAGUGAGUGGGAGGAAUACUCGCUUUCAAAAGGACCUCAUCAAAAAGACCCGAAACGAGGCAAGAUUGGAGAAAAGGCUGAAGAAGCGGACCCGAAAGCCAACCGGAUUCCCCGCCGAACCCAAUUCAAACGAGGUCAAACCACCUAAGAAACCAGCCACCGAAUCCUCUGGGACGACAUCGGCUCGAGACUCGCCACUUCCCGAUCGUCCCCGAAGAUCCACAGUAAAUUACGCCCGAGAUAAGAGUCUUCGGGACAGUUAUGACUCGAAUGGGUCCAACAAACAGAAGCGGGACCUUCAAGUGAAAAUCAAGGAAUUUGAAGAGGAGUCGGAAUUCGUUGUUAGAGAAGAGGAGAACGGCAACCACGAGCAUUUCGUUUCAAUUCCAUCCUUGACGGGACAAAAGCCGAGACGUCGGUUCAGUGAUUCAGACUUGAAAAUAGCUCUAAUACCAGAGAAAGUUUCGUCCAAGAGACGAGCUAGUUUGUCCGAUCUUUCGAUUUCAAGUGCCGAACCCCAAAUCAUCCUUGCUUCCCCUAGCUUUGGCAAAGAGUCCAAGCCCAUCAGUGCUAAACGCCGAGCUACUCAUAACGAAGAAUCAAUUUGGACGAGUUCGAACAAAGGCCUGGGAAUCAAGAGCAAAAAGAGAAGGUUGUCCUUGGAUAUUGAGGUAUCCGUUGAUCGGAAGUCCCCGCCCAAGUCCUCCACCGGAGCCAUCCGGGUCACCUUGGACUACUCUCCCUCACAAUUGAAGGAUCUGGAGCGGUUACCUCCCAGUGGAAACAUUCUAGCUGAAGAAGUGCCCGAGCAUCUUUCCGACAACGAUGAUAAGUUAUCGACGGAUAGCGGAGCCAGCAGUUCAUCGACAGUCUCGUCAUCCCGUAUGCGCAAAAAGCGCCGAUCUUCGCCAAGCCUGCUAGCCUCGGAUGGACGCCUUAUAUUCCCCAAGGAAGUGAAAAUCAGUGCCCUGGAACGAAUCCAAAAUGGGGAGACUCAGAUUCAGGUGGCGCGGGAUCUUCAAUGUCCAAUAUCCACGGUGUCAACUUGGUGGAAAAAGCGAGAGAUCCUGAUGGCCUUGCCAAAACGGGCUGAAUCGGAAACGGAACUCGUGGAAGCGCGACAUCUAGAAGCCGAUGAAUCGGGGAUCUCGAGUCCAUCCCACGACAUAGAUUGUGUCGACCUACUGGAUGAGCCUUCAACGCUUGCGAAUGAAGUCCCAAUUACUGCCAUUGUUCCUUAUCGGAGGAACGAACUUCUGCAAGCAAUGAAGAACGCCUUUAAACGUAACUCUGAUGUAGAACAACAAGAAGAAACCAACAGCCAGACUCAUAACCACAAAUCACCCGUGCAAUCCAUAGGCUCCUCAUUCGGUUUGUCUUUGAUUGCCGAUAGCUAUGAUGCCGAUCCAUUGAUCGACUAAAGCUGAUAAUGCCAGUAGCCUUAAUGAUUCGAGAGCCACUUGACCAUUUGGUUCCCAAGUCCCCAAAUCAAGUAAUCACGCAGCAAUCAAUCCCUCCCUCUCCUUAAGAGAGGAGACAUCUCUACACAAAUCAGCCGUUUGAAUCAUUUUUCCUAGUCACGAUCCUUCAUAUUGAGCUCAAUGAAAUGAAUGGCAUUCUCAAUUCAAUCUGUCAAAAGAAAACGAUUCAAACUCCAUGAACUGCCAAAUCCACAAGUACUCCCCAAGGGUGAACCAGAUCUUGGUUCAGUCCUCAACCUCCUCCCUUUUCUCGCUCUGCUCUUCUGCUCCUGGAACCAAGUGUUUUAUCUAACUUUUUUUGUGUUUUCAAGAACCACCUGAACCUCAGAACAAUCACACAGAAUCCUGUCUCUACUUUUGGAAUGAUUGUGUUCGGCGAUUCCCACGAUCCGUAUGAUGAAUAAGAAGAAUAAACAAAAUCUCAAUGAAACAGCACAA